AUGGUUUACGAGUGGGACAACUUCAAGGAUGAAUGCUACCGCCUGUAUAUCACGGAGCGCAAGUCUCUCGAGGAUAUUAUGCAGCACAUGAAAGAAACUCACCAGUUUGCACCCUCGAAGCGCGCAUUCCAAACCCAGUUCAAGCGCUGGAACUUCCCUUCGAAGCAGAACCCUGCCCAUCGAAAUGUCGACCUGGUCACUCGCGUCAAAGAGCUAUGGGAGCAGAACUACUCACAACGCGACAUGCUGCGCACCUUGAACGAGGAAGGCUUUCAGAUCAAGGAGCGCGAAUUGAUGCGCGUUCGAGCCAAGAACCGAUGGCUUCUACGUAUUCCCAACGGCCAGAAGGCUACCCCUGCGGAAGUCGCAUUCGAAAACGAGCUGCUUGCAGCAGCUGCAGAGCUCCAGGGAGAUGCCGUGUCAAAGGACGACACGACUGUCAUACCAGCAGUCACUGAAGAAGUCCCUGAGGAAGUUGUCAAGAAACGAAAGGAGCGCCACGAGAAGAUGCAGGCUGAGAGCGAUGAAAGAUGGGCGGCAAAGAAGAGACGUCGCAGGACUAGAGACUAUGCCGGCAUUCCUGCUGAUCCUCCCGGUCCUCCUCGUUUCCCAUCCGAGCUCACUCUUGGUGAGAGCAUGCAGAACCUCUCCAUGAUUCCUGAAGUUUACAAAGAAGCAAGGAUGGAUUUCCAGCGCAUCUGUGAGGACGAGAACAUCAUCAAGAAAACUCUGGCUGGUACUGAUAAAUGGGCUGCCGCUAAGAGAAGACUGAUCGAAGAGAACGCACAUCUCAACGCCGUCUUUGCAGACCCAAUAGAUCGGCCCGGAAAGGAACUCGCUUUGGACGUUAUUUGUACAGACGUGACCAAGAGAAUGCGUACGGUCGAGACACGUAUGACCAUAGUCGAUGCCAAGAAUAUUCUCACAAUCAACCCAGAGCAAAGCCGCCAGAUACGAGACUCCUUCUACCGUAUUCUACAGAACGAUCAUUUCACCAGCAAGCUCGAAACUGGUCCGGACCAUUGGAACGACUUAAAAGAGCAAUGGAUCCAGUCCACACCGAUGCUGCAAGAGAUCAUGAGGGAAGACCAAGACCUGGGCAUCUUGGCGAAAAAGAAAAAGGCUCUUGAGGUUCUUUGUCGGGAUGUGAUGAAGAGACUGCGAGAUGCUCAGAAACGUGACGAUGGAACCUCGAUCCCGGUGACAACUCCUGCUAAGAAGCGAAUUCCUAGUCCAUCUGUUGCGCCUCCUCUUCCUGCUGCCCCACCUGGAAACUUCGAGCUCGACAUGCAGAUCGAUCCUUCACUGCUACAGCCUCUUGAGCAGCAUGCAGACCAGUCUGUAGUGCAAGACGAAGGCCAUGAUAUCGUCUCCGCCUUACCACCGAUUGCAGUCUACGUUAGGCCUCAUACUGAUUCAGAUAUUCAUGCCAAGGACAAAAUGUUUCUGACCACAUUAGCCAUGCGUACCUACACAGAAUUGGAACAAGCAAUUCUGUCAAAGUGGCCCGAUUCAAUCAUUGCAAAACUUCAGGGUGUGACUAAGGCUCCAGGCGGAGGAAUGAUGGAGUUUCCCGUCGAUGGCGACGAUGAGCUAUAUGCCUAUCUUGAGCACGUGGCUGGCAGCAAGGUCGUCUUCGUUGUUCACCUGAACCGAGCUUAG